AUGAAACCAGACUUCGCAGUCGUGCUAUUCACGCUCAUCACAUCAACGGUCGCGUCGGCCGUCGAUGCACCCCGUCGCAUAAAGCGCAUUGACAUAGAGCGCCCCGAGUCUGGGGUACCCCCCGUUUAUGAGCACGAGCUUUACAAGCGCCGUGGCGGCGGUGGUGGUGGAGGACGCGGAGGUUCCAGCGGCGGAGGUUCAAAAGGAUCAUCUGGCAGUGGCAGCAGAGGUUCAUCAGGUAGCGGUGGCUCUCGCAGCUCCGGCGGCGGCGGUUCUCGCGGCGUCGGUCCUCAGCCCAGCUUCGCAGGCGGUCGAUACUACCCCGGUGGCUCAUCAAAACCUUACAAGUCCGGCGUCUCAAGUCCCGGAAGGAUUGCGCCCUUCGCUCUAGGCGGUGCUGCUCUGGCGUUCUGGCCUGGCCUUUGGCUCUACGGUGCAUACAUGUAUCCUUACUCGCAUCCCUACCAUUAUCAUAACGACACCAGCGAUGAGGACGAAGAGCGCGAUGUACUCUGUGGAUGCUCGCGAUAUGAGUAUUGCGCAUGUGAUGACAACAACAGCACCCAAUACUUCGACGAACUCAUCGGAAACGGAAGCUACGACGCACUUAACAAGUCCAUCGUCAAUGUUGCAGAGGUCAACGGCACAAUGACAAUCCUCAUCAACGGAACUCUGCCCAACGACACGGCCCUCCCUGACGAGGAUGCAUCAGACAAUGGAGCACUAUCAAAACGAGGAUGGGGCUUUGAGAGCGUAUCUACCGCGAGUUUAGGGGCCUUCAUCGUGUCAUUGGUCUUGAAUAUCUAG